GGCACGGUUAGUAGCCAAGCGUUAUGCUCAGACAUAUGGUAUAGAUAACUUUGAAACUUUCUCUCUAGUUGCCAAACUUACAUCUAUUCGAUUGUUUAUCUCUUUGGCUGCUUCUUACAAUUGGACACUCCACCAACUUGAUAUUAAAAAUGCAUUUUUGAAUGGUGACCUCAGCGAGGAGGUAUACAUGGAGCAACCACCAGGAUUUCUUGCUCAGGGGGAGUCUGGAAAGACCAAAGAUCUUGGGCCCUUGAAGUACUUCUUACGGAUAGGAAUCUGGCGUAGUAACAAGGGAACUUACUUGUCUCAAAGAAAAUACUGCCCAGA